AGGCAAGGAGAACUUGGGGAAGAAUGUGACUCGAACAUGGGCAACAAAGCCUGCAUUGAUUCCUACGCCGAGUGUGUCUCUCAAGGCGACGUGCCACGGUGCUGGUGCAGAUUUGGAUACGUGGAAGAAAAUGGGAAAUGUAAAAAGAGGGAGUCCGACAUCUUGGAAAACUUAUGGGACCAGUUGGGCACGGCGGAUCCGCUAGGCCUCCUGGGCAACCUCACGGACACCAUUGAGGAUCAAGACGAACUCACAGGGAGUGAUAUUGGAGACUUGGUGGACUUCCUUGAUCCUUUGUUUGAUAAAUUUCUCGACAUGCUCGGCAAUUACUCCGAUCCACUGAACAAAAGCCAGGACUUUCUGACCAACUUUACUCGAACCAUGGAUGAAGUCCUCAUCUCCUUCAAAGGCUGGCUCGAGAUAACACCGGAAGCAACGACGACCUUGGUAAUAGAAAUCGGCACUCGGAAAAAAGACAAUUUGACCGGACCCGUCGUCUUUCCCUCAUCUGUAAGCGACACAUAUCUAAGUCUGCCAUCAAGUUUUCAGGAUAAUAUCGACGAUGACUACUACUCCUAUGUCGGAGUGGUCUACCACGUCCAGGAUCUAAAUGAACUGCUACCGGGACACGAAAAUUCAUUUGGGGAACAUAAAGUUGCGAACUCCAAGCUACUGAGCUUCUCAUUGGGAAUCAAUGAGACUGUAUACCUCACCGAUCCAGCCACUUUGAUAUUUCGGAAUGCCCGUUCGCCACAAAGUCCAUGGUACAAGGAUAUUUGGCGAAACCUUCAUGAAGGAGAGAAGCCAUCCUUCCUUCGUCAGACUCAUAAAUGCGCCUUUUGGAACUUCAAUGAAACAGGCUACUGGGAUGAUGAGGGUCUCCAAGAAGUAUCUUCAGAUGAUGAUGACACAAUAUGCCGAACGAAGCAUUUCACCAAUUUUGUCGUGCUGAUGAGUGUACAUGGCUACGUGGUGAGUCCAUUUUUCUAUUCCCCUUAG